UUGUUUAUCUUCUCUAAGGUGCUCAUGAACUGGAGCAGAUGCAGCUGAUUUUGGACACUGUGCCUGUUAUUAGAGAGGAGGACAGACAGGAACUGCUGAAGGUCAUGCCCUGUUUUGUAGGUCAAGGGUGGGAGGUCAAGAGGUCACUCAGAAAACUAUUGCCAGAGGUUGAGGACAAAGCCAUUGGUUUCCUGGAGUGUAUCCUCACCUUUAAUCCCAUGGACCGGCUGACAGCAGAAGCGGCUUUGUCUCAUCUAUACCUGCAGAGCUACUCAUGUCCUCAGGAUGAGCCUGUCUCCUUGCAGCCUUUUCACAUAGAGGACGAGCUGGAGGACAGUCUGGUCACCGAGCACGGUCACGCGCUCAGCUCCCACUGGGACAGGUAUGUCACACACGAGCCUCUCAGACUUACCAACACCCAGAGUUCAAGCUUUUCUCUCCCGAUGAUGGCAUUUGUUCCAGUUCCAGUGUUGCUGACACAGAUCUGUGACCGUUUUGAAAACACUCUUGAUCUUUUAUAA